GGUGUCAUCAAUCAACACGUGACUGUUGCGCUGGAAUAAAAGCAGCUUGCUGAAACCCCACUUCAGGCACUUUUUUCCCCAUUUUGAACCUCCUGGCAAGAAACACCACAGCGCCUGAAGAUGUCUGGCCGUGGAAAGAAAGUUGCUGCAAAGCCCAAAUCUGCGGUUUCCAGACCUGUGCGGGCCGGCCUCACCUUCCCAGUCAGUCGCAUCCACAGGUUGCUAAAGACUGGCAACUACGCUCAGCGUGUGGGCAACGGUGCGCCGGUCUACCUCGCCGCCAUCUUGGAGUACCUAUGCGCCGAGAUCCUGGAGCUGGCGGGCAAUGCCUGUCGCGAGAACAAGAAGCAACGCAUCGCCCCUCGUCAUAUUCUGCUGGCGGUGAAGAACGAUGAGGAACUCAACAAGAUGUUUGCCGGUGUCACCAUUUCAGAUGGCGGUGUGAUCCCCAAUAUCCAUGCGGCACUCAUUCCCAAAAGGUCCAAGCCCAUCAGAGAGGAGAUUACUGCUCAAGAUACUCAGUCGCAAGGCUUUUAAUUGAUAUUUGCAAAGGUUAUUUUUAAUACAAUAAAUAUUUUUUCCAAAUAA